CUAGAAAAAAUUAUAGUACCCAAAUCAGGUAUAAAGAGACAGGACGUACUGGUGGUAUUCAAAUCCGUUUUCUCCAGUUCUUUGGGUCUUCAGGCAGCCAUGGAUUUCUUGGAGGAUAGUCUUUUCGAAAUACAAGAUCUUUACAACGAUAUGAAAAUUACAUCUGAAAUGAUAUAUCUAGUGGCAGAGAACUUAGUGACAGAUAACCAUAUAGAUUGGCUGAAACACCUCCUUAACAAUGAAAUUUUGGACGAUUAUGAAGACGUUAAAGCGAAAGCCAGCACCCUAGCAUCAGUAAACAAUUAUUGGCAGAAGAACUUUCAAGGUGAUGUGGCAGAUAUAUUUCCAUCUAGUGAAACUACUUCAGAAACUACUCCACAGUCUACUUCACAGUCAUCCUCAGAAUCCACGCUUUCUACUAUUACCGAUACAGACAGUAGCGCUAUUGAUACUGAUACUACAGAAGUAGGUACUACUACGGAACCAUUUACCACCACAGAGUCCAAGAGUAACCGAAUGUUAAUAUCAAUUCACAUGAUGGUUUUAUUUGUAAUAAUUACUUUAAAUUAGUAACAUAUGUAUUUAUGUCAUUUAA